AUGAUAGAGAGGAUUGGUAUUUGGUUUCAUCAAAUUUAGGGUUUCAUUUUUCAUUUUCCAUGUUCCCUUCAAUAUCUUCCCCAAUUCUUUCUGAAAAUCCUCCAAUUUAGUUUUUUUUUUCGCGGUGUCAGCUUCUUUUUCAUCUAGGGUUUCUCUCGUACUAUUAUUGCUGUAAUUUUCUUUCAAUUAUGAUUAUAUUUUAUCAAUUCUCCUGCCUUUUUGUUCAUUCAAUUUCUCAAAAUCUCCGUGCUUUUGGUCCUGGUUUGAAUCCUUUUGCACCUUACGGCAUGGGCAACCAUUCUUUUGGUUCCCGUUAAUUUCUUUUUUUCAUUUUGAAAUUUGAUAUUUAGUUUCGUUGUCUGAAGAAAAUAUUGUCUUUUGUUUCCUCGGAUUGUUUAGUUUGUACCGUUUUUUUUUUUUUUUUUUUGCUGAAACUAAAGCUUGGUUUAUAAGACCCUGGAUGGAAAUGAUGCUGAGUGAACCGAUAGAUCGUUCACUUCGGCGAAACUUGUCGUUUAGACGUUCUUUUAAAUCUGCUGUUGGUAGGGAUGAUAGAGGUUGGACUUUGCUUCACAUUGGUGCUCGAAAAGGUGAUCUAAAGGAGGUGAAGCGACUAUUGGAUGAAGGAAUGGAUGUCAAUACCCCUGCAUGGGGCGCUAAAGCACAAGGUGUGACCCCUCUCCACCUUGCGGCUCAGGGUGGGCAUGUCAAAGUUAUGGAUGAAUUGCUUGAGCGUGGAGCUGACAUUGAUGCGAGAAUGAAGGGUGCAUGUGGUUGGACUCCUCUGCACAUUGCAGCAAAAGAAAGAAACAGAGAAGCGGUGACCUUUCUGAUAGAGAACGGGGCAUUCUUGCCAGAAGACAUUAACGACAGCAGGUUCAAUCCUCCCCUUCAUUACUGUCCUGGUCUUGACUUUGCUUAUGAGGAAGCAGAGCGGCUUAGAAAUGGAAAUCUGUUAUCAGUUGAUAUUCCUGAAAUCCCAGAGACCUAAAAAAACUCAAACUACGAUUUCUUCUACUUUUUAGACGACUUAUGUGCUCAAAUCCUGUCAGUAACCUUCCAUAUGGUAAACUCUCUCUCACGUGGUGGCUUGCCUCGACGGUUGAUGUUGAAAAUGUGUUUUUUUCUUCUUUCCAGAUUCUAAGUAUUAAAGGAUAUGAUAGUAUUUUGUAUUUAUGUAAUACUGAGGUGUAUGAAGUCAUCUGUUUGUUGUUACGUAUUUAUUCUUUGAUGGCCAUAUUCAGUGACUCAAGGGUGUUUCAA